AACGCAAUGGAGCUGCUCUGCCUGGAAAUGGACACCAAUAUACGGGCUCGUCCCGAUCCGAACCUCCUUUGUGAUGACCGAGUCCUCCAGAGCUUGUUGACCAUAGAGGAGAGGUUUCUACCUCAAUAUUCGUAUUUUAAAGGCGUGCAGAGAGACAUUCAGCCCUUUAUGAGGAGGAUGGUGGCCACUUGGAUGUUGGAGGUCUGUGAGGAGCAGAAGUGCGAGGAAGAAGUUUUUCCCUUGGCCAUGAACUACUUAGACCGCUUUUUAGCGGUGGUCCCCACCAAAAAGUGUAACCUGCAGCUGCUCGGAGCAGUUUGCAUGUUUCUUGCAUCCAAAUUGAAAGAAACUCGUCCAUUGACUGCGGAGAAGCUUUGCAUUUACACAGACAACUCCAUCAGACCACAAGAACUGCUGGAAUGGGAACUGGUGGUGUUGGGCAAGUUGAAGUGGAACCUGGCGGCGGUGACACCAAAUGACUUUAUUGAACACAUAGUGAGGAGGCUGCCACUGCCUGAGGAUAAACUGACUCUUAUACGCAAACAUGUCCAGACGUUCAUCGCUCUUUGUGCCACAGAUUUCCGAUUCGCCAUGUACCCUCCAUCCAUGAUUGCAACAGGAAGUGUUGGAGCAGCCAUUUGCGGCUUACAGCUGGACUCGGUGAACCAGUCCCAGUGGGGCGACAGUCUUACAGACCUGCUGGCCAAAAUCACAAACACGGAAGUGGAUGUUCUCAAAGAAUGCCAGGAGCAGAUCGAGCGUGUGUUAGAGAGCAGCCUGCGCGAGGGUCGCAAGCAGCAACAACAGCAGCAGAACCAGCGAGGCCAGAGCGGCAAAGGCCUGGACGAGCUGGAUCAGUCGUCCACCCCGACAGACGUCCGUGACAUCAACUUGUGA